AUGGCCUCCAAAGUGAUAAGAAUCAACAAGUCCUGUGAUCAGUGCAGAAUCCGAAAAGUCCGAUGCAUCGUACCUGAAACCCUUAGAGAACCGGGAGCACCAUCAACCUGCAUCCACUGCAUCAACCGCAAUGAGUCUUGUCAAUUUACGCCUAUCAGACGUAAAUUCCGACGCAAACUUGAGGAUACACCACCUUUUCCCCUUUCUGUUGAACCAUCACUGCCACGCGAAAAUGACCUCCCCAUCGACCGUCUCUUGCGCUUUGGGCCUCAAAGAGUCCCUCUCUAUGACGAUUCUGUCGUUGUCAAGGCUAGCAAUGGGCGAGCAACCAGCUCGAGCAUAAGCUUUUUCUCGAAUGAACGGAUGAGUGCAUUGGCCAGCCGGAUAGGGACAGAUGUACUCACAGAGCUCGUUGAGGAUCUAGAAACCCUCCUUGUGUCACGAAUAUGUUCGCGAAACGACUCUUCCGAGUCGUCUACCAUUGAGUUCCAGCCGCCGCUAGCCAGUGUGGAUGUGACGUCAAGCGAAGCCGAUGGUUAUAUUGGUUCCUACUUUGACCAGAUCCAUCCCAUCUACCCCUUCCUGGAUAUACAAGAGUUCACCUCGCAUACUACUGACUGCCGCCGUACUGGGACAUCGAAAUGCAGCAAAGCAUGUUCUGCAAUAUAUCACGCUGUCCUAGCUUUAGGCAGCCAGUACCACCAAGGCGGCAGCUUCACGCCAGGUUCGGGCAAAGCGUGGAGCCUUUUUCAAUUAUGUCUAGGUGCUAUUCCGGACAUAUUGGUUCCUCCAUACUCGUUGACGAAACUCCAAGCUCUGACAGCUAUGUCUAUCUUUGCAAUGAAUGCCUGCUGUCUUCAACUAGAUCAGGCAUUGGUAUACGAAGCAGCUAGAAUGGCACAAAGUCUACGAUAUCACAAAUCUUCCAAUGCUCAACCAGUUCAUUUGAGAGUGUUCUGGACCAUAUACCACUUGGAAAAGAUUGCCUCCUUCUCUGAUAAUAAUAGCUCGGUGUUCGCUGAUGAAGAUAUUGGAUGCGACAUCCCUUCCGUCCCUGGGUCUAUGCUAGGAGACUACAACUGGUUCCAAUCCGCCAUUCAUCUGAGCAGAAUAACAUCGAUUGCAUACACCACUCUGUUUUCGACGAGAUCUUCUUUACAGUCCGUAGAGGAUUGCUUAUAUUCUAUCAAACACGUACGACGAGGGUUAGAAGAAUGGCGCUUAUCGGUACCUAUGGCAUUCCGGCCAAAGGAGGCAAUCCGAUUAAGUGAACUUGAGUGUCCUAGGACAAAGAUAGUCGCUUUACAGACGCAUUACUUAUACUACAACCUGAUUUUUGCCGUGGAACGCCUAUCCCUUCACGUCGACCCCGAAGAAAAGCUAGAUCGCGAGGAUAGCAAGUGGGAAUUGAUGAAUGCAGCGCGCACUAUCAUUGAGCUUGUUUCGUUUAUUGAAAUCGAGCCUUAUAUGCCUGUGUUUGUUGCUGGUAUCAUGCCAUUAUCGGCGGUCUUCGUUCUGUUUGAUUUUGUGAUUCACAAUACCACUCACAAAGAAACGGAAAGUAAUAUUGCCUUCCUUGAUCAGGCAGCAGCAUACUUCAGUCAACUUGACUACGCCUCCAAGGGCGCGCUCCCGGGAAGCAUCAUCUCAAGCUUUGCAGGUAUCGCGCGACAAUAUGUUCUCAAGUUACAGGAAAGACGACCCACGCACUCCGCGUCGAAGCCGGAGAUGGAGCAAGGAAUCCAACCAAUAUGGGAUUACGGGCCAGAUAUUGACUUCAAAGAUAUAGAUCUUUCUUCGAUAAUAGCGCAACAAAACUCCGGGCAAAUUCCUUUCACAAGCCUUGACACGCCAUCGCCGUUUGGGUCCGACAUGCUCUAUUAUCCCCCAUCCCACGAUACCCAGGUCUCGAGCGGCCAAAUAGAGGACCUGCGAUCUAUCUUCGGCUUUGUGUUCCCCAAUUGGACAGAAGAUAUAUAG